AUGACUCACUGGUCAUCCAGUGCACCAUCGGCAGCAUCAACAUCCCCGGCUACGACGUCUGAUCCGAGCUCCUGGGUGGAAAGUUUCGCUCCCAAGCUCACAUCGGCUAAGCUCUUGGAGAUGAAGCAACAGUUCACCAAGGAUUACACCAGUGAAAUCCUGUCCCCGAAUACAAUGCCUUCUCUUCGGCUUAUCUCCCUUGCGGCUCACCAGGAAUCCAAGAAGGAGUACCGCUGGAUCCCAUGGAAGCAUCGCCUCACGGAAGAACGCGCAGCUGAUCUUCAGAUCUCUAGGGUCAGUGGAGUUCAACGGCUUCUUGCAGUACACGAUGUGGCGCUUGCGAUGGUUGGGUCGGCUCAUCUUGCUCGCCUCAAGGCCUACAGCAACAAAUUCGUGCAUCUGUUGUCGCAGCGCUACGACCCUUCUUCUGGUCUUCGUGCACCGGGGAUCUUGGAAGCUCAACAGGCUGACUGUAAACUAUGGCAACAGAUCUUCGCCCUCGUGUCCGACAAAGGCGGGAAGCUGAAUGGCGCCCUCUACGACUUCACGGAAAUUCGAGGUGAGAUGGCGAGCCUCCUCCAAGCUCGUGCGAAGCCACUUCAAAUUUCUCGGUGGCCCGACAAAGGCAACAAGGGCAAAGGCUUGGGCAAGUUCCUGGUCGAUGCUUGGAAAGGCAAGCCAGGAGCUUCCAAAGGCAAAUCCGAAGGCAAGGAUAAGGGCCCUUGA